AUGGAGGGGAGGGGCGGUGGGAGGAGGAGGAGGGCGGCGCUGUGGCGCGCGGGGCGGGCUGCUGGGUCCGCGGGGCGUGCGCCGGACGCGCGCCCGCACAGAUUGGGCACUCGGGCGGCCUUCGGCGCACCAUCUUCUUGGGCCUGGAAGCGGUCGCGCUGCCCCCGCCGCUCGCGCCCGCGCCCAGACGCCGACGCCGCCGCCUUCGACUUCGUGGUGGUGGGCGGCGGCGCCGCGGGCUGCGUGCUCGCCAACCGCCUGUCCGAGGUGCCGCACUGGCGCGUGCUGCUGCUGGAGGCCGGCGGGGAGGAGGCGCCCAUCAUGGACGUGCCCUUCAUCGUCGGCGCCUUCCACGACACCAACGUCAACUGGCGCUACCGCACCGUGCCCCAGCGGCACAUGUGCACGCGCCUGCGCGGCCGCACCUGCGACUACCAGCAGGGGCGAGCGCUGGGAGGGUCCACCGUCAUCGACCACAUGCUGAGCGUGCGCGGCAACGCCAGGGACUUCGACGCGUGGGCGGCGGAGGGUAACGCCGGCUGGGACUUCGAGUCGCUGCUGCCCUACUUCCGCAAGGUGGAGCGCAUGCAGAUCCCGGAGCUGCGCGACAGCCCCUUCCACGGCGCGCGAGGCCACGUCAGGGUCAACUACAGCCCCUACCAAUCGGACAUGAGCAAGGCGCUGAUCCGCGCGUACGAGGAGGCCGGCGCGCAGCAGGUGGACUACAACGGCGCGUCGCAGGUGGGCGUGUCGCGCUCGCAGACUACGACGGCGAACGGCGGGCGAUGGAGCGCGGCCAGGGGCUACCUGCGGCCGGCGCGCGCGCGGUCCAACCUCGUCGUGCGGCCGCGCAGCACCGCCACGCGCCUGCUCUUCGACGACGACGACGACGCCCCGCGCGUCGUGGGCGUGCAGUACGUGCACCACGGCGUGCUGCGCGAGGCGCGCGCCACCAAGGAGGUACGCACCCCCCCUACACCUGGAGACCUCCUGGCGCCCCGCGAGUACCAACAGGUUGCACCCCAUCCCCCAUCAGGAGACCGCCAGUUAGACCAAGUGUAA